GUCCUGAGGCGAACCGUAAGGUAGAGGUCCAAGAAGGGAAAGUUUGAUUGGACUAAUUCGAGGGGAGAGGUUGAAGAUUUAGGAACUUGGAAACUGGAGCAGGUGAGGAAGGUAGAAGUUGGUCAGGUAUGGGUCUAGAUUGGUGAGUGCCCUAAAUGACUCCGAAAGUCCGGUAGGGGGAUUUCCAGAAUCGGCUUCAGGUGUUCGACCAAAAAAUAAAAUAAAGGAAAAAUUAAAGUACCCUGUUCUAACAAGCAAGCUUUAAAAAUUACAACGAAGUCACUCGUUCAAAAAAAAAAUAGGCUAGUCUUGUUUUCCGAAUGCGAACCCAAGUCAACUUCUUAAGAUGGAUAUCAGCUGCUCCACGCUACACUUACUCCUCGGUUGCUGAAAUUGUGCAUCAGAUUUUAUCGAAACAGUGUUAAGAUUUGUCAGCAUAAUUUGGUUGGAUGUCGUUACCGACUUUGGCUGGUCCGAAGCCAAAGGAACAAAGGUACAAAAUUGGUCUUGAUUCUUGCUUGACAUGGGGCGCCCCACCCGGUAACCAAGCCCAGAAAAUGAGCUGCUACACAACCUCAAACACUUGAGUGCUGAGGAUUGAACCAGCAUGUUCAUACCAGGAAAGUGUUGAGCUAUACUCCAGCCCUGUUAAGUUGAUCAUGGCCUUGCCAGGUUGGUGACAGUAUAUUGUGAGCAUGGUCAUAAAGCUGCCCAAAUCAACCCCCUCUUCACUGGACAAGCCCUGCUGGACACUGUGCCUGAAAUCCAAGCCCUGAUGCAGACGCUGCAGGGGCCCUUCAAUACUGCAGGACUGUUGAACAUGGGGAAGGAAGAGGCCUCUCUUGAGGAAGUAUUAGCCUAUCUCAACCAAAUCUAUUGUGGGCCAAUUUCAAUUGAAACCGCCCAACUUCAGAGCCAGGAGGAGAAAGACUGGUUCACCAGGCGGUUUGAGGAGCUGAAAAAGGAGACAUUUACCACAGAGGAGCGAAAACAUCUGUCAAAAUUAAUGCUAGAGUCUCAGGAAUUUGACCACUUUUUGGCCACCAAGUUUGCCACAGUGAAACGAUAUGGAGGGGAAGGGGCCGAAAGCAUGAUGGGCUUUUUCCAUGAGUUGCUGAAAAUGUCAGCCUUCAGUGGGAUAACCGAUGUCAUUAUUGGGAUGCCCCAUAGAGGGAGGCUGAAUUUAUUGACAGGCCUUCUGCAGUUACCUCCAGAGCUGAUGUUCCGUAAAAUGCAAGGUUUGAGUGAAUUUCCAGAAAAUUUCUCAGCCACUGGAGAUGUGCUGUCUCACCUGACCUCCUCUGUGGACCUGGACUUUGGUGCCCACCGUCCCCUCCAUGUGACGAUGCUGCCUAACCCCUCACACCUUGAAGCUGUUAACCCAGUGGCUGUUGGGAAAACCCGUGGCAGGCAGCAGUCUCGACAAGAUGGGGACUACUCUCCAGAUGGUUCUGCUCAGCCCGGUGACAAAGUCAUUUGUUUACAGGUUCAUGGCGAUGCUUCUUUCUGUGGUCAAGGGAUUGUUCUUGAAACGUUUACACUCUCUAAUCUCCCACAUUUCAGAAUUGGUGGGAGUAUCCAUUUGAUUGUCAAUAACCAGCUGGGUUACACCACUCCGGCGGAAAGAGGAAGGUCUUCGUUAUACUGUAGUGAUAUUGGAAAGCUCGUGGGCUGUGCCAUCAUCCAUGUCAAUGGAGACAGGCCAGAGGAAGUGGUCCGGGCCUCACGACUGGCUUUUGAAUAUCAGCGCCAGUUCCGCAAGGAUGUGAUUAUUGAUUUGUUGUGCUACAGGCAGUGGGGCCACAAUGAGCUGGAUGAGCCUUUCUUCACCAACCCAGUCAUGUACAAAAUCAUCAGAGCCCGAAAGAGCAUCCCAGACACGUAUGCAGAGCACCUCAUUGCCAGUGGACUCAUGACCCAGGAAGAGCUCUCUGAAAUAAAAGCCUCAUACUAUGCCAAGUUAAAUGAGCAUUUAGCCAACGUGGCCCACUACAGCCCGCCUGCCACUAAUCUGCAGGCCCAGUGGCAGGGCCUGGUUCAGCCAGAAGCUUGUAUCACCACCUGGAACACAGGCGUGCCCCUUGACCUCCUGCAGUUUAUUGGCGUGAAGUCUGUGGAGGUGCCAAAGGAACUGCAGAUGCAUGGCCACCUUCUAAAGAUGUAUGUUCAGUCCAGAAUGGAGAAAGUGAUGAAUGGAACAAAUUUAGACUGGGCCACAGCAGAAACCCUUGCCUUGGGUUCCUUACUUGCUCAAGGUUUCAAUGUCCGUCUGAGUGGCCAAGAUGUUGGUCGUGGAACUUUCAGUCAAAGGCAUGCCAUGGUGGUUUGCCAGGAGACUGAUGACACCUACAUCCCUCUGAACCAUAUGGACCCUAAUCAGAAGGGGUUUCUGGAGGUCAGCAACAGUCCCCUGUCAGAAGAAGCUGUCCUGGGAUUUGAAUACGGGAUGAGCAUCGAAAGCCCAAAGUUACUGCCCAUCUGGGAAGCUCAGUUUGGGGAUUUCUUCAAUGGAGCCCAGAUCAUCUUUGAUACGUUCAUCUCAGGAGGAGAGGCCAAGUGGCUCCUGCAGAGUGGGAUCGUUGUCCUUCUUCCACACGGCUAUGACGGGGCAGGGCCAGACCACUCGUCCUGUCGGAUAGAGCGGUUCUUGCAGAUGUGUGACAGCAGAGAGGAGGGGGUGGAUGGAGACAAUGUGAACAUGUUCGUGGUACACCCUACCACUCCUGCGCAGUACUUCCACUUGCUUAGGCGACAAAUGGUCCGGAACUUCAGAAAACCCCUCAUUGUGGCUUCUCCCAAGAUGUUGCUCAGGUUCCCUGCAGCAGUGUCAACUCUUCAAGAAAUGGCACCAGGAACAACAUUCAAACCUGUCAUUGGUGAUUCAUCUGUGGAUCCAAAAAAGGUGAAGACCCUCAUAUUCUGCUGUGGUAAACAUUUCUAUGCCCUGCUGAAGCAAAGAGAAUCUUUGGGGGCCAAGAAACAUGAUUUUGCCCUCAUUCGAAUGGAGGAACUCUGCCCUUUCCCACUGGAUUCGUUACAGCAAGAGAUGAGCAAAUACACACACGUGAAAGAUAUUGUAUGGAGUCAGGAAGAGCCUCAGAACAUGGGUCCAUGGUUUUUUGUUUCUCCAAGAUUUGAAAAGCAAUUGGCUUGCAAGCUCCGUCUUGUGAGCCGACCCCCUUUGCCAGCACCUGCAGUGGGAAUUGGCACAGUUCACCUGCAGCAGCAUGAAGAUGUCCUCGCCAAGACCUUUUCUUGCUGAUGCAUUUUAAGAAAUACUACUUCUUUUUAAGCAAACUGUUACAGAAAGGAAGGCCUGCUUCCUCUCUUCUCUCCCCUUUCCUUUAGGUAACAUGAAAAGUCUGUAUUCCUCUGAGAUAAUGGAAUUGAUGCACAGAAUUUAAUCUGGAAUAAACAGGGGCAUCUAUUGUCAAUACAUGAAUCGGACUAGUAAAUUACAUCCAUAGCUUUAUGUUUCGGUUAGAUCUGAGUUGAGCUGGAGAACUAGGUCAUUAGCUAGAUGAUUCCAGACUCCACUGUCAUUAUCCGUAUAAGAGAGGAAAAAGUUCUUUAGCUACAAUUUAAAACUAUGUAUAGAUGACCUCAAAACUGGCUCUUGGUUUGUUUGGUGCAUUUCACUUUUAAUAAUUUUUUUCUUUUUUCAAAGUCCUAUUACUACCAUUAUUUUCAUUCUGUAAUUUUCUGGUCCUUGUAUAAAAUGUUUUAUCACCACUAGCAAAACUAAAUUAUUCCCAAUUUGUGUUCUUCAAGGUUUUACCCAUCAUCCUUAAACCUGGGUCCUAUUAAAUACAAAUCUCUGGUUAUAUGAACUUCUAACAGUAUAUUUUUAAAUUAAGUAGUCUUAGCUAUAAUGACAUUGAUUUGUGGUUUAUUUUGCCAUGAUCCCCGACCCCCCAAUUGUUCUUACACUAUCAGACUUUGGCGUCUGAGAUGGGGAUUUCAGUUCUUGGUUAAUCAGUUUUGCUUGUGAAAGUCCCAGCUGCAAUAUGUUUAUUUGUGGCAUUUAAAGAACACUUGAACAGAGGGACCUUCCCAGUGUCCAUGGGACAUGCUUGGGGAUUUCUUAGUUGUGACCAACUGACUCCCUCCAUCUGAAAUUACAUCUAAUACUGGAAGCAUAGCGGAAUAGCAAACUACGUGGAUUCACUUGACUUGGUGCUGCGGAGCCUCUACCAUCUGCUGUUCUUGGGUCUUAACACUUUUUCUGAGAAGUGUUGAGGAAUCCUGGGGGUAUAAUGGAUUCACCCUCUCCACUUUUACCAGCAACUGAAAAUGUCUUUCAGAAUCAAUGUUCUGACCCCAGCAGAUUCAUAACUCACAUCUUAAAUAUGUGUAUUAGUGUAUUGAUUUAACAUUUCUAUAGUAGUUUCCUCCCUUUCUGCAUACUUCACUACUUUUUUUCUUGUAUCAAGUCUUAUAAAAUCAUGUAACUUAGCACCACUCAUGUAAAUCAGUAAAAUUAUGAAGUUCUACUUAAUGAAAAUGAUUAUUAAUGUUGUCUAUUUAAAUAAAAAUAAUGUCUUUUUUCC